AUGAACUACGUAUCCUUGCAAAGAACACUGCGCAGUUGUGCAGGCCUUGACCAACUAAAACGAAUCCAUGCACUGUGUGCGACACUAGGAUUCCUACACACCCAAAAUCUCCAACAACCUUUGUCAUGCAAGUUGCUUCAAAGUUACAAGAAUGUGGGAAAAACAGAACAAGCACAAAGGGUCUUUGAUCAGAUUAAGGAUCCUGAUAUAGUAUCAUGGACCUGCCUCCUUAACCUCUACCUCCACUCUGGUCUUCCUUCCAAGUCCCUCUCAGCGUUUUCCCGUUGCUUGCAUGUGGGUCUAAGACCUGAUAGCUUCCUUAUAGUUGCAGCUUUAUCCUCUUGUGGGCACUGCAAGGAUUUGGUUAGAGGGAGGGUUGUUCAUGGAAUGGUGUUGAGGAACUGUUUGGAUGAAAACCCAGUUGUGGGGAAUGCUUUGAUUGACAUGUAUUGUAGAAAUGGUGUGAUGGGAAUGGCUGCAUCGGUUUUUGAGAAGAUGGGGUUCAAGGAUGUGUUUUCUUGGACUAGUUUGUUGAAUGGGUACAUACUGGGUAACAAUCUGAGUUGUGCUCUUGAGUUGUUUGAUGCAAUGCCGGAAAGAAAUGUGGUUUCUUGGACGGCUAUGAUUACUGGGUGUGUCAAAGGAGGAGCUCCAAUUCAGGCUUUGGAGACGUUUAAGCGGAUGGAAGCUGAUGACGGGGGAGUUCGUCUUUGUGCGGAUUUGAUUGUGGCAGUGCUCUCGGCAUGUGCUGAUGUUGGGGCUCUUGAUUUUGGUCAGUGCAUACAUGGUUGUGUUAAUAAAAUUGGCCUGGAGUUGGAUGUCGCGGUGAGCAAUGUUACGAUGGAUAUGUACUCCAAAAGUGGGAGGCUUGACUUGGCUGUAAGGAUAUUUGAUGAUAUCUUGAAGAAGGAUGUGUUUUCGUGGACUACAAUGAUAUCAGGGUAUGCUUAUCAUGGGGAAGGGCACCUUGCUUUGGAGGUUUUUUCUCGAAUGUUAGAAUCAGGGGUUACCCCUAAUGAGGUAACCCUGUUGUCAGUUUUAACUGCUUGUAGCCAUGCUGGGUUAGUAAUGGAGGGAGAAGUAUUGUUCACUAGAAUGAUUCAGUCCUGUUACAUGAAGCCAAGGAUUGAGCAUUAUGGAUGCAUAGUGGAUCUUCUCGGUCGAGCAGGAUUGCUGGAAGAAGCAAAAGAAGUGAUUGAGAUGAUGCCAAUGAGCCCUGAUGCUGCUAUAUGGAGAUCAUUACUGACUGCUUGCUUAGUCCAUGGGAAUUUGAACAUGGCUCAAAUUGCAGGAAAGAAGGUAAUUGAUCUCGAACCAAAUGAUGAUGGCGUUUAUAUGCUUCUAUGGAAUAUGUGUUGUGUUGCUAAUAUGUGGAAGGAAGCCUCAGAGGUAAGGAAGUUGAUGAGGGAAAGGAGGGUCAGAAAAAGGCCCGGGUGUAGUAUGGUUGAUGUGAAUGGUGUUGUUCAAGAAUUCUUUGCUGAAGACGCAUCGCUUCAUGUUAGUGCAGAGCUUCGCCACUUGCUAAAAGGAAUUAAGGAGCAUUCAGAAACACAUCAAUUUUAA